AUGGCUUUCAAAGAGUUAAUCCUUUAUUUUCUUCCUACGUGGAUUUUCGGAUCCGCCGACCCAACCGCUGCCGAUAAGGUACGGUCCCAACCAGACGGUCAAUCGACACAUAAGUCAAACAAGAAAGAAACCCAGACAUCAAACCAGAAAGAAACCCAGACAUCAAACCAGAAAUCAACCCAGCAAGAGUUUUCCACCAGCCAGACCACUUGCCCGAUUAGUAAGGCCUGUCAACAUCUGCCGAAUGAAAGGGACAAGAGAGUUAACAAAACUGACGCUGCCCCUUCACAAAACAUAAAUGAUGAUGUGGAGGAAAUUACCCAGCUGCAGCAGCAAGUUUUCGAAAUUACAAUGGCUCGCGACAAUCUUCAGGAGGAAAACGAGAAAUUGCGCAAUGACUUGAGCUAUCGAGAAAAAGAACAUCAGGAACAGUUAGAAAAUCUGAAAUGUCAGCGAAUCUUGCUAGAGGACAAAACGACCCAGCUUUUGGCCCAAAAAGACCAGGAGUUGGAGAACACAAGGAAACUCCAACCGUUCCAUGAUGCUCUUCACAAAGAAAUCUCCAAACUUCGUAGCGAUCUGAAACAAAAAACAGAGAAAUAUCAGAAGGAAUUUGAAAAACUGAGGCAGCGUUACGCCCUGCUGAACCAAAAGCGAACUCAGGCAUUGGCUUUGAAGGACCUGCAGUUGGAGAGGGCGCGAACAUUCCUUUCAGAUCAAGACCGUUUAAUUAAACAAAUGCAAGAAGAAAUUGUCCAACUACGAAAAUCCAACAAAGAACUUACUGGAAAGCUUGCGAAGAUCGAAGCCAAUUCGUCUCCUGCUGGCCAAAUUCAUCAAGAGCAGAUCAAGGAGCCCGAAGUAGCUGUUUUUGCACCACCAAGUAUCCAGCGACAAGAUAUCGAAGCUGAACCAAACACUCUUCCGGUAACAAAGACAACGAGAAGGGUGUAUGAUCGGCGUGCGCUCAUGGAACUGAAAGACAGCGUUGGGACCACCAACAUCAAAAGUCUGCUAUAUUUCGGUAUUCUUCGUGAUUCACACAGUGAAAAAUCAACCCCGACCAACCAGGGAGUUGAAUUUAUGACUCGUUCUUAUCACCCACUGUUCCCAGCAAUGGAACAUGGUCAACCAAGAAAACGAGAAAUAAGACUGAUGAGUUCACAGGAGGAGCCGAGAAAGGCAAACAAUCCCAAUGUUUGGAUACCCAAAAGGCUGUCUGCAAAAUCUGAGGACGGCAACAAGACAUCUAGCGAAGAGAUUUUGAGAACCAUUCGUGGAAUCUUAAAUAAGCUUACACCAUCCAACUACCAGCGCUUAUUAGCAAAGAUACAAGAAACCAAUAUUGACAGCCAAGAUUGUUUGGCCGGGGUCAUCAGAAUCUUUUUUGCAAAAGCGGUCGAGGAAUCCAUUUUUGCCUCCAUCUACGCAAACAUGUGUUUGGCACUAUCGACCAAAGACGUUGCAUCUUCAUCCAAUCCUGCGGAAACGAUUAACUUCCGCAAGCUGAUCCUAUCCCAUUGCCAGAGGGAAUUUGAAAAGGAUAGUGCGGGAUUAGUCAAGACAGAACAGAAACGACUUGAGUUUGAAAACGCCGAAACCGAAACAGAAAAGCAUAAGUUACAAGAGGAAUUAAAGGAACUCGUUGACAAGAAUAGAAGAACAUCGUUUGGAAACAUAAUAUUCAUUGGCGAACUAUUCAAAGUCAAUGUUAUUUCUUCGAACGUUAUGCAUCAAUGCAUUCGAAAGUUACUGAGUCACAAGGAAGACGAAGACUCGAUUGAGUGUCUCUGCAAGCUGCUGACCACCGUUGGCAAGCAAUUAGAGAGUUCUACACUUCCAGACAAUGGAGUUAGGCCAAAUUUUACCAACGCUCAAAUUAUGACCUCAUACAUCCAAACUUUACAGACUAUAGCUGGUGAGCGGAAAGUAUCUAGCCGUAUCCGCUUCAUGAUUCAAGAUGUAGUAGAUCUACGCAAAACUGGAUGGAAACCUCGUCGAGCGGAAAACGGACCCAGAACAAUCGAGGAGAUACAUAAAGAAAUUAACCAAGAGCUUGAGGGACAGCAAAAACAGUUACCUGUUCCGCAAAAACAAGGGCAAAUACUAAAAGAAUCCCGACCUGUCAAACAAGUUAAGGACACGAUAAACAACAGAACGCCUAAAGUGCCCACUUCCCAAGCCAGGAUACAAGGUAGUGGUUCAAUGAAACCAAAUGUCAACUCGAAUCCGUUUCAACUACUGGCGGAUGAAUGUGAGAAAUCAGUGGACAAACAGCUUCCACCCGUAGAAAAUGACGAACAGGAAGGUAUCGCGUUUACAGAGAUCAAAAAGUUUUUCGCUGAUGAAAAGGCAAAGAAAACCAAGAAUCCUGUACCGAACUUGGACUGUAAAGUCAAAGGCGAUAUGAAAGAGAAGCUUCUUGAUCAGGAGGAACAACAACCCCCUCUUCCUUGCCCAAAAAAUACACAAAAAGGCAAGCCCAGCAACGCAAGAACUAACGUGCCAGUAAAUACCAGAGCCCAAACGGUGAAUCCAAACAGCGUUUCAACACCAAAUUUUAAAAUCGUUACCGCGCAAAUAAAAAUGGAGACAUUCCCUGAUAAGGUGAUGCUGCUAAAAGUAUCCCAGGGAAAUUACCCACACAUUGUUGGCAAAGGAGGUAAAAACAUAGAUCGCGUCAACUUAAAAUUUGGUGUACGAAUACAGACAAAAGUAGGAGAAUCUGUCCGUCGUGAUUACAACUUCACAAUAUCGGGAAAUGAUGCAGAAAACCGUAAGGCGGCUGCGAAGGACCUUCUUGACGGGCUUCCUGUUCGUUUGGAAUGUCCUGACCUAACCUUGGAUGGUGUUGACAACUUAAAAAUCAAGCAAAUGAAUAAGGAGCUUUCGGUUGAAAUAAACCGACCCUCUUCUCCCACCGGGAAGGUUACGAUUUACGGCAAGAUCAACAACUGUAAGCUUGCCUACGAACAACUAACAUCAAUCGGCAAAUAA